AUGAAAAACGUCUACGAGAACGCCUUGUUCACGCUCUCUGCCACGUCUGCCCCCGAUGUUGCUACUGGUUGCUUCCUAGCCCGAAAUAAUCCCGUUCACGAACUGCACUCGGCGAAGGCGCAGCAUACCUGCUACGCUCGUCGUCCCUGCUUUGACACCCACAGCAAGCUUUUCUCCUACUCCGUCGACACCGAGAUUGAAAUGGACAACUAUCCCGCUAUGACACGGGGUUGGAUCUAUCAAGAGCGUCUUCUCUCGCAACGAAUCCUCUAUUGCGCCUAUGAUGAGUUGAUCGGGGAGUGCCGGAAUACGAUCACAUGCGAGUGUAACCCGACAAGCCUUCAUCGUCACCACGGAGGCAACGCCAUCGUUAGCUACAAGCGUCAAAUGGGACACCUCUCCGAUCCUACACAGUUCAACAAAAACAACUCCUCUUGUUUCCCUAUCAUCGAUCUGUGGCUCAGCCUCGUGCAGAGCUACUCCCGGAGAGUCUUCACAAAAUAUACCGACCGUCUCAUUGCUCUUUCUGGUAUCGCUCAGAAAUUCCAGCCUCUCAACAUAGGGUAUUACUACGCGGGCAUCUGGUCUACGGAAAUCCACCAUCAACUAGCCUGA